UAAUGAAUGUGCUCAUAAAACAAUCACAAGCAUCUUAAUCAUCAUUAUCAAUCAAGAUUACAAAGUGUAACAACUUUUAAUACUACACAACAUACUGGAUAUUCUACUCAUAUAAUGAGUGAAGCAGAAUAUGAUUCAGUUCCAAGUUCAGCAUUUAGAGGUCAAAUUUAAAUGAGAUCAAAUUUACAUUCAAGCAGAAUUAAUUCCCCUUAAGAAACUCAUAGAAAUGCUAGAACAGAAUCAAAUAAUAGACUCUUUUAAUAGACCAAUAGUUCUCAAUAGAAAUAAUUAAUUGUUAAUUAAGAAAAAAUUGAUUCUAAUGAAGUGAAAAGAAGAAUGAAAUUUGAUCCAUAAGUUAAUCCUUAAUUAAUCUAUUUUAAAAUAUCGAACAUAUCUAAUAUUGGAUUUGAAAAUUAUCUACUUUAACUUUACAAGUGAUAUAAACAUUUGAUUGAUUUUAUAAAAUCAAAGCUGAAACUCAAGUAUUAAUAAUAUUACAAUUAGAUAAUUGAUUUUAUCAUAAAUUUUAACAUUUGAUUUGGCUAUCUUUUAUCAUAAUUAAACAAUAAUUAUGGUAAAUUAUGCAAAAUAAAUAAUGGAUAAUUGUAGAAUGAAAUCACUUGGAUAUUAUUCAUUAAAAUGUAAUAAUAUGAGAUUGGAAUUAAAUUAUUAAAAAAAUGUCUAUAAUAUUCAUUGUUAAAUAACGAUUAGGAUUAUGAAAAUGAAAUUCACACAAAAUUUGAUGUUUGUUAUUAUUAUCCUAGAGACAUUGAAAAAGUAUACCAUUUAUUUAUCAUGCCUAAAUAUUAUCAUGUAAGUACAUUAAUAUAUUUUUAUAUUCCCCUUUACGCUAAAUGAGUUCAGACAUACUCAAAGUCUUCUUAAAUAUGAAUUUGAACAGAAAUUAUGCUGAAACUAUAAAUAUUCCUCUUUUGAAUCAAUUAAAUCUACCUUCCUAAAGAUAUAUUGUAUAAGAAAUAAAAAAUAAAUCUCUUAUUAUGAUCAAUACUAGAACUUUUAAUAAAUCUAAGACUUCUUUACAAGAAGAAGGUCUGUUUUUGAAUAAAACCUUCAUAUGAAAAUGUAUCAAC